AUGAAAAACUAUCCGCCUUUUGCAAAUGUACAGGCCCCUCUCUCAUUCCAUCCACCUCCCGCCACCUCCUCCUCCGCACCACACAAGGGGGCUGGUGUCUCUGUCGAGCCCACGGACGAGGAGCUACUGGAGGCCACGCAGGAACAACACCACCCCCUGCGACCUCCAGCAGGAGUCCAGCCUGCAGAGUCACCAGCUCCCUCCUCGCCACCGCCGCCCGCAGCCACGGCAGCCCCCGGUGCUGCUACUCCCGGACAGGAGGAGCUGCCGGGGCCAGCCUUCCUCCCUCCUCCGCCACAUGAGCUGCUGCCCGAGUCAUGGCGGGCAGCUCUCACUGCAGAGCAGCAGCAGUGGAUCGGUCGGGUGCUGUUCACCAGGGACCAGUGGGGGAGGCCGAGCCUCAUCACAGACUUGAAUCUGUGGUGGAGCCCCCCCCAAUCCCGGCCGAUCUACCACCAGCCUCCCGCGUCCCCCGACCCCUUCUUUGCAUGUCGGCUGUUUCUCUGGAUGCCACACCGGAUCUGGCGUCUGCAGCUGACAUGCCCCCAGCCUUCAUGCACCGGGUCCAUGGUGAAGGCUGGGCUGUACAGGACCAUCCGGAGGGUCCUGGACAUCGACGGCUGGUAUCUCAUGGCCACUGAGUACCUGGAGUGCCGUCGAUGCAAGAAGAAGGUCGGCGGGUGGUCACAGGGCAUCAUCAGGCAGCUGGCCCCCACCUACAGCUGCCAGUUCCCAGCAGUACUUACGUACAAGCUGUCCUGUGACCAUAGGGUGGUUACACAGCUGAAGUCCCGCACUCUGGGCAACAGUGCCACUCAGCUGUGCAACACCCUGCGGGAGCAGCACUCGGACGCCUGGAUGCGGAGAGCGAUCCAGUACCUCGGCGUGUGCGAGCAGUUCCUGGCCUUGUGCAGCGUGAGGGGGCAGUUUCCACCACCACCCCAAAUGCCCACUCUGCCCUCACCCAUCUGGCUGCUGACAGUCUACGGCUAUGACAUAAUGACGCGGCUGGAUGAGUACAAGGCCAGGAUCACGUCCACCUUCGGAUCCAUCCUUAAGAUGGAUUCCACCAAGAAGGUGACGAAGAAGCUCGCCGGUAUCGCUUUCGACACGGCCGCCUGGGUUACCAACGUUGGUAACGAAUACGGGCAGGUCCUCAUCAGCGUCCUCACCUGCUCCGAGGGCGCCGAGGGCCUGUCCAGUAUGGCGGCCGGACUGAUGAGGCGGUACCGACUCGCCGAGGUACCACCCCCCCAGCUGAUCUACGUGGAUCGGGACUGCUGCAACAGAGACGGCAUGUCAAAGACAGCUGCCUUGUUUCAGGAGUGGGGACAGCUUGUGGUGAGACUGGACAUCUGGCACCUGAUGCGACGUUUCGCAGCAGGUGUCACCACAGGGAGCCACGAGCUGUACCCCGCCUUCAUGAGGCAGCUGUCUCUGUGCAUCUUCGAGGUGGAACCCGGAGAUGCCCGCCGUCUCACUGAAGCCAAGCGGUCCCAGCUGGAGGGGAAGCACGGGAUGGUCGGCCUGACCGACGCCGAGGUGAUCCAGAAGAUCACCAGGGAGGAGUGGAGGCUCCACUGCCGUCGUCGGACGCGUGGGGCGGAGGAGACGGCGCUCCUGAUCCAGGACCUCCUCCAAACCUUCGGCGGUACGGCAGGACGCAACAACCUGGACAUCCCGUUGCUUGACCCUCUCCGCAUCCAGGACAUAUGGAGUACGCAGAGGCCCCACCUCAGCUGCAUACAGGACCCACCUGGCGUGCAGCUGUACACGCAGACCGGCAGGCUGACAAAGGGCGGAGUCAUCCUGCCGGUCUAUCGCUGCGCGAGGGGCUCCACAUCUUUGGAGUCCUUCCGCCUCCACCUCAACCGGUUCAUCCCAGUUGACCCUGAGGAAAGUGAGACAGCUGCAGGGUCAAGUACAGUUCAUCCUGAGGAAAGGGAGACAGCUGCAGGGUCAAGUACAGUUGACCCUGAGGAAAGUGAGACAGCUGCAGGGUCCAGCACAGGAGAACCAAAAGACAGGGAGAUGCAGACUGAUGAAAUCGACACCACACAGGAUGUUACAUCUACAGACCAGUGUGCUGUUAUCCUCAGGUAUGUGACAGAUGUGGUCCACGAGAGGCUCAUAGCUGUGGUUGACUGUGAGUCAUCAACUGGACAAUAUUUUGUAGAGCUACUGAAGAAAACUCUGGCAAAGGUGGACAUUGAUCUUCGGAAUUGUGUGGGAAACUCAACCGAUGGAGCGGCAAACAUGCAGGGCCAAUACAAGGGGUUCUCCACCUUGCUCUCCGCAGAGUCUCCCAACCAAGUGCACAUCUGGUGCUACGCACACGUCCUGAACCUUGUGCUAGGAGACACCACAGGUGUUGUGAUAGCCAGUGCAUCGCUCUUCUCACUUCUGAAUGAUGUUGCUGUAUUCAUCAGAGAGUCAUACAAGCGUAUGAACAUGUGGGAGGAAGUGAGUGAAGACACACGACACAGACGGCUGUCUCCAAUCGGGGAGACAAGGUGGUGGGCCAAGGAUCAGGCUCUGAGCAAGAUAUUUGGGUGUUUUGGCAAUCGUGCCUUGUUUAUUGACUUGGUGUCAACAUUAACAAGGAUUGAAGAAGAUGACUCCAUGAAGCCACAUGUCAGAGCAAAAGCCAGGGGGUACACAGAGUCUCUCCUAAGGUUCGAGACAAUACUGACCGCUCAGAUCUUUCUCCGAAUAUUUGAAAUCACGUCACCCCUCUCCAAGUAUCUCCAAACCAGCGGCAUGGACUUACUGACUGCCCAUCGGUUAGUAAUAGGGACCCAAGAGAGCCUCAACAAGUGUGUCAGGGGUUUUGAUGAGGUGAAAAGAGCAGCAGAUGCAUUUGUGGAGUGGGCCAAUGCCAAGCUGCAGGAGAAGGAGGACUGA